AUGUCGGCCGCUGACUUCGAGGCCGCUGUGGCGUACGUGCGCUCCCUCCCCAAGGACGGUCCGGUGCAGCUGGACCACACCGCUAAGCUUCAGUUUUACUCCCUGUACAAGCAGGCGACGGAGGGUGACGUGACGGGCAGCCAGCCGUGGGCCGUCCAGGUCGAGGCGCGCGCCAAGUGGGAUGCGUGGAACUCUCGCAAGGGCAUGAAGUCGGAGGACGCCAAGGCCGCGUACGUGCAGGAUCUGAUCGAGGUCACAUCCCAGAAGGGCCACCCGUGGAACCGUGCGUAG